AGUUGAGCAAUGAGGAAGUAAAUGAAUGGAGAAAGGCUCUGAUGGAUGUUGGUGCGAUAAAAGGGUGGGAAGCGAAGCAUAUGGGAUAAAAAAGAAUGUUCAAGCACUAUAUCUUGAUAUACAUGCACAAGAUUCCCCUAAUGUCAUUGUUCAAAGUGAAGAGAUUAGUAGGUUUGAACAUCUAAGGUUCCUCAACUUAAGUAGAGGAAUCUUUGUUGGCAACUUCAAGAAUCAUCUUAUUGAAUUAAGAUGGUUGUCUUGGAAUUUUCCUCUGGAAAAAAAUGAAUGGACUAAUUUGUACCUAAAGAACAUGGUCAUUCUUAAACUUUCAGGCGAUCUUUACUUAGAUGACUCGAGAUUACAGGACUUAAUCCAGAUGGCGAGAAAAUUGAAAGUUCUUUCUCUUCAAGAUUGUGCUGAAAUAAACGGAACAUUGGACUUCUCUAGAUGCCCUGAUUUAGAGAGGCUUGCUUUCGAAAGUUGUUCCAAUUUGUGGAAAAUUGAUGGCUCUAUUGGAAAGUUGAAGUGUCUGAUUGACCUAAAGAUUAAGCAUUGUGUAAAAUUAAAAUAUUUGCCAGAAGAAAUUGGUUACCUAGUGAAUUUGAAGCAGUUCGCUUAAAGUAUUGUGGAAUGCAUAAGUUACCAGAUUCCAUAUGGAAGUUGAGAUCAUUAUGUGAGGUGUACUUUAUAAAUCCCGUGAAGGUAUCAGGUGCACCAUGGGAGUUACCUACAGAUAUUAGAAUGCUUCAGAAUCUAGAACUGCUUGAAGUGGAUGAUUGUCAUUUAGAAGGUCAAAUUCCUUAUGGAAUUGGAAGAUUGUCCCCUCUAAGAAGCCUAAGCCUAUCGUGUACUAAUGUUAGUGAAGUUCCAAAGACCAUUAGCAUGCUUCCUUGCCUACAAAGAUUGGAGUUGUAUUGUAAUAAGAUUCAAGAGUUGCCUAUGCUCCCAAUAAGUUUAACCCAUUUAAAUGUGUCAUCUAAAUCAUUGUGGUUAGUCCCCAAUCUCUCGAACUUGACUAAUUUGAUUGAGUUGAAACUACAUGGAGCAAGUGGAGAAAGCAAAUUUUGUAGCGGUGAGUUGUGGUGGAUUGGGAAGUUAUCCAAACUAAAAACCCUGAGCUUAAGACUUAACAAUGUCUAUGCUCCUGCAAAGCUAGCUUCCCUACCUCACCUUAACGAACUUUAUAUGUCUAUAUUGGACUUGCAAACCUAUCCACAAUUUCCCUUGUCUCUGGAAAAGCUGUUCCUUACUACUUACAAUUCAACUCUGUCAAACUUGAGAAAUUUGUCUUUUUUCUGCCUUUGGGAGUCACCAAUGCAAGAAAUUCAAAUUGAUGGGUUUCAACUUCCAUAUCUAAGGGAGUUGGUUGUGGCGAAGUGUGAAGCCCUUGAGAGCAUCGGGCUAUCAAGCAUAAGAAAGCUAAAAGCUUUCUUGGUGGAUGAUUGCGGAAAGCUAGUUGAGAUCCAAUUUUCUUGGGCGUCCGAAUCACUUGAGCAUUUUACUAUUCAUAAUUGCAGGUCCUUCAAAAGGCUAGUUUGCAUGGGGGAAGCGGGGCAUGAUAACGAUGAGACCGCUAAUAAGAUGAUUAGUUGCGAAGGGAGGCUAAUCCUUUCAACAAAAGCCUUACAGAAGUUGCAAAGGUUCGACCUUUCAGGUGACAAUGGGAUAUUCGAGAUUCAAGUUGUUGGUAGCUCGGCAUCCUGGGAAGUCUUCAGUGUUUCCGGUUGUCCUUCGCUGCGAAGUCUUCGUGGUUUACCAAACUUAAAGAACCUUCAGUCUUUAUCAGUCUUCACGUGCAGUGGCCUACAGGUUGUCGAGGGCCUUGACCAGCUAGAGUGUUUGAAGGAGUUAAAGGUUUGGAAUUGCAGAUCUUUGGAGAUUGACCUUUCAACCACCAAAUUGCCAGAUGAUUGCGACACAUACAUCGACCAUUGCAAAAAAUUAUGUGGGUUUGAGAAACGAUUUGUGGGCCCCCUCCAGUCUUACAAGCGUGAUAAGGAGCAGGAACCGAAACAGAAACAGGAAAGCCGCUUCAAACAGGAACAGGAAAGCAUCGACCAAAAAAAAAAGGAUAAAAAAGGAACAGGAAAGCCACUUUGAACAGGAAGUCGAACCGAGGAGAAACCUGGGGAGAGGGUGGCUCCAAUGCCUGAGCUUCAGUAGUUUGCUGCAUUGCGACCUCCCCUGUUUUUUCCCCUCUGAUAAAAAGCCACUUCAAACAGCAGAGGAGAAGGCUGGGGAGAUUGUCUUUCCAAUCCCAGAGCUUCAGCAGAUUGUGAUGUUGAUUGCAGGUAAAGAUGGGAAGCUCUUGCCGAUUAUUUGACAGCGGAACAGGAGAGGCCCCUGUCUCAAAGAAGUCAGAGGACGCUCGCCAUCAAGUCAGAACGAAGUCGGCAAUGCAGAGCCAGAGUGUACCGGAACACUCGAAAAUGCAAUGGAGGGCGUACUUGCCCAUUCGAGUGAUCAAUGCCAAUGGCGUCUAGCAAAGCAAACCCAGAAGAUGUCACCUUUGGCCGGGAAUAACGGCCCUCUUGUCCGUACUGUAUUUGUGGCCUGUCUUUUUCGCCUAGAAUGCAUUCGUUUCUUUUAAUUCGUCUUUCCUUUUAAGCUCGGGCUUUGGAACCAAUAUGCACGUAAAAUAAUGUGGUCUUUCUUCGAUUUACAGACAAAAGCUUCAUAGAUGAUUCAAAACUACGGAGCUUAAUCAAGGCGUGUC